GUGGCGAUGUGGAGCACAGAUUUAAUCAAAUUAUACUCGCGAAGAAGAAACGUCAACAAAAACUGGCGGCAGCAAGCAUGGUGUAAAACUUAAUCAGAGUCUGACCGUCGGCAUGUUUCUGAGUCGGUUUGACGGCCAGUCGAGGCUGCUGGUCCGGUCUCUGAUGUCCGGAACCUCCGGCGCCCACAGAGCGCUGAGCGUCCUCCACAGGCAGCAGCAGGCUAACCACGAAAUGUCACUGUCUAGCUUCAUACAAACACUGUGCCAGGACGAAAUAACCUGUCCAGAGACCGAGGCCCAGCCAUUAAUCGUUAAACCCUUGGUGUGCCUGUUUCCAGCAUUGUUCAAACAGAACCUGCUCUCCUUUAUCUAUCUGGCCCACUCGGUUCUCCCUCAGACCUCUGUCCUCCAUCUGCUCAAAUGCCUCAGCUGUGACCCUCAUCCAAACCCCUGGGUCACCGCUCUGGGUCGACAGCUGGAGAGAAGCCUGGGGGCCCACAGUGAGGAGCCUCUGUACACUCCGCAGUGCAGCCAGAAACUCAAGGAGCUGUCACAGCGUUUGGCUGGUUUUGGUGAGAUCGGAGGAUGGACCAAGUGCCUCAGCGGUCAAACGGUAGAAUGUGAAUCUCAGAGAAUGUCUGGUUUAUCAGAGCUGGGGACACAAAGGAAAAGGAAAAGCAGUUUUGUCGCUCUGGACUCAGGCGAUGAAGAAACGGGACAGCGGAGUAAACGGAUAAAGAUGGAUGUUUGUGGUAGUGAGCGCAUUGAUGCAGAGGAGCAGAGCACAAAUGAGGAGGCAUCAGGAAGGUUAGACAGAGAUGCUCCAGCAGAAACUCCUGUUGAAGAAAUGCAGCUGGCACCAGACAGUCCAUGUGAUCCCCUGCCUGAACAUAUAAAGGUCUCUGUUCUUCAAAUUAAAGAAUUGCUGGAAAGUCAGACAGAGUGGGACCAGAGCUCCAUGGAUGUGUUCAAAGUGCUGAAUGAAUGUGACCCCGCCCAAGUGGAGGUGUUAUGCGGCGCACUGAGUUUGUCUGAUUUACCAGAGCAGACUCUGCCUAAACUGUGCAGCAGUGUUUUGACUCUCUCUCCUGACCUCAGCUACAGCACGGCAGCAACACUCAUUAAGAGCCUCCUGCUUGACAAGGUCCUGUCCCUGUCAGAGCCGGCCUCCAGGUGCCUGGUUACUGCAGUCACAUCACUGUGUAGCCACUAUCCCAGACCAAUGUGCCACGCUCUGAUCGGACCGGUUCUCAUGGAGAAAAACAUAGGAACUCCACAGGCUGAGCUGUUGAACAGGUUGAUAGAGGGCUGUCUGGACUCCCACUACAGACUACUGCUCCUUCAGAUGAUAUUCAAAAUUGCGUGGAGUGAGGCGGUGCUCUCCAUUAUCCACAGCCUGUUAGACUCCAAGCCUGACGUGAAUGAAGAAGUGUUCACACAGCUCACUGAACAGCUCGUCAGCCAAGGUCCUCAAUUUACAAAGUCUGUGAAGUUUGCAAAAAUGAUGCUAACGGUCCUCACCAAGUACAGCAGCCAUGUAACAGCUGCACACAAACACUCCCUGUCUGACUGCCUGAUGUCAAAUGAGACCUUCCUGAAAAAGUCUCUUCAAGCUGCUUUGAAAAGAAUUGCACACAUAUGAAGUGAUAACACUUUUAAGUCCCCAUAGUAAACAUUUAUAAGGAGUAUACACACAUUUAAUAGAUAACAUAGUUGUGAGCAGACAUUAGGACAUUUCAAGUGUUUACUAAUGUACAGCAUUUGUCAGGAAGUAUUACAUUUCCUCUCCUUUUAUAUUAUCACAGGUGUUUUAUUAUCAUUCAUUAUCUGUUUAUACUCCAGCCCUCACUUAUGGAUGCAUUAUAGGAGGAGUUAUAGUCGUUGACAAUACAUUAGCAAACAUGUAAUCUGCUUACAACAUUAUAGUGGGUUAUUAAGUAUUUAUUAAAUUUGUGUAUAAUGCUAAUGAAUGCCAAAUAGGUGGACUUAAAGUAAGGUGUUACCUAUGAGGUUUCUGCUGACCUAAUGUAUGUUAAUAAACCUGUACAAAUAA